UAAAGUCAACAAUGAGCAGCCGCCCUAUGGGUGGAAACAAUUGUGCAAAUGUUGAUAUAUGUUUCAGAUUUCGGAUUCCAGAUUUGUUGAUAGCGCAGCCCAAAAGGUAUAAAAGCACUUGGCCCACUGCCUCAAAUGUAGUUGGUUAGUUCCUCCUUAUAUAGAACAUGAUUGGAUCACAGUUUUUGCCACUGCUCUUGGCCAGUGUUUGGUCGCUCGAGGCAAAUCACACAUCAUCAGACAUCCAGCCUCGCAUCAUUGGCGGCUACGUCUCAGACAUAAGGGAUCUCAAGUAUCUGGUGCAAGUGUCGUCGGCUAAAGAGAUUUGUGGCGGCUCGCUGAUCACCACACGAUGGGUCAUCACUGCUGCUCAUUGUGUGGACAGAGUGCGCAUAGCUGAGUUGCGAGUCUAUGGCGGCACAUCGGAGCAGGGUGCUCAAAACGCCAUUCAGCGCUUGAUCGAUCUGAUCGUGAUACACCCGAAAUUCAACAGUAAGACAAUGAACAUGGACGUGGCCGCCUUGUAUCUCAACGAGGACAUGAGUGGUGGGCAAGUGGACACGAUUGCAUUGGCCACUCGGCCAGUGCCACCAGGCCGCCUGGUCAAAGUCUCCGGCUGGGGUGCGGUCAAUCCCAAAUCCUCGGAAACGGCACGCCAUGUACACAGUGUCAUCAUGCCCGUCUGGUCGCAUGCAGCCUGCCGAGCGGCCUACCGUGGCAAGCAAUUCAUCAGCCGUAACAUGAUCUGCGCAGCGAAGCCUUAUAAAAGGGACUCCUGUGACGGUGACUCCGGCGGCCCGAUGGUCUACCAAGGUGAGCUGGUUGGCAUAGUCUCCUUUGGUUUCCAAUGCGCCAGUCGCUUGCCUGGCGUCUACACCAACGUACCAACGAUAAGAAGAUGGUUUAUGGCCACCAUGGCAGAGUAUUCCUAACUUUUAGCUGGUUGCAU